UGAUCCGCAACUGGCGUAUCAAGUGUGUCCCCUUUGAGGAGUUACCAUCUUCAUAAAUAAGGCUAAUAUUCGUACCUCGUAUUCCUGAAUACGAGGAACGAAUAUUAGCCUUGAUUUAUGAAGAUGAGGAGUUACAACUUGUGUUCUACGACAGAGCUGCUAUCGAUUGCAGCUCAUGAGACUACCAGUCAGUAGUUAGGAGUGCGUCACUUGGGGAAGAGGUUCCAGAAAGAGCGACAAAGAGAGAAUUACAGUUGGUCUACAUGGACUAGAAACACAACUGCAGGUGAUCUGAUGCCGGUUGAGUAAUAAGUUAGAGUGGAAGGUCCAGCCAGUCCAGUGCAUGGCAAUUCACUUAUCUGAUGCUACAACUCAGCUUUGUCGUUAACGUGAAGCAGUGGAGGAGUCUUAAUAAGUUGGAACCUCACCUUUCAAAAGCAAUAAAACAUGUCUCAAUCAGUGACGAGGCUCCGACUCCGAUUGACAGCAGGUGCAGAUACGUGUCAGUCACAACGAUCAAUGACUUAAUACGUCCAAAAACCCCAACAUCUCUUCUGCUAACAGACUAAUGCAUAUGACAUGUGACGUAUCCCAAUCAUCCAUGCUUUAUGGAGUACACCCUAAAACACAAUCGAUGACUGAAAUACAUAAAUGGCUGGAAUGGAUUUAGUGACAUGGCAACAAAAGUGGCUCUAGCAGAGCUAAACGAUGAGAUGAGUAAUUUUUUUUAUAUAUAUAAAGCACAAAACAAACAACAGAGAUAAGUUGUGUGUUGUAAAAGAGCUAGGCAAAGAACAAGAAUAAGAAGGAAAAGAAAACGAAAACGACUUGAAAGUGUUUCAUAAGAGAUACAAAAUAACACAUUUAUCGAGAUUCUAUCUUACGGGAGAGACAAAAGUUUUAUACUAGAACAAACCGACAGUCUGGUGUAAAUGUUCUUUGAAAGAGUUAAAAGACAAAGAACAUAAGGAUGCUUAAGCACAAAAUGACGCAAACUUGUAUUUUAAAAGAGAGCUGAAAGAUAAAACAUCACAAUAUACAUUUGAAUAACACCUAAAAGACCAAUAAAGUGACCAGAAAGUAUUUUCGAAGCGAGCCAACAAGAUACCUGAACUACACUGAGGAAGAAAGUAUUCACACAAUGAACUAGGACACACCAGCCGUCAAAUACUAAGCAUUCAUUUGGUGAUCUAAAACGCCUAAAUAAUGUCGACAAAGAUCUACACAGAUGACUCAUCCAGUGCUGAAUCAAGAGGCGAGCAUCAAUUGGAGCGUAGAUCAAAGGCCUCCAAGAACGGGGAUCACAAUUCUCGGGAGAUGUUGGAACAUCGGCAGCUCGAAGAAGACAGAAUUGUGCCUGUGACCGAAGACUACAGUCCCAGGCCGACAUUACGACUGAUUCACAAGGCGUUCGAGGACGAACACGACGAGCGACUGUACCGAGACCACGUGAAGCAGCAGAAGAUACAGCUGUUGGACUCCAUCAUCGUGUUCUCCAUCUCGUUCUCCGUACUGGUGAUCGUCACACGAUCGCUCGCAGUCCUGUCGAACAACACCGCUGCCAUCUCCAUCCAGGGAGCCGUCAUCGUACUGGACACGUUCCUGGUGCUGCUGGGCAACACACGACUCAUUCCAUUAAGGAUUACGUCGAACGCCAUCUAUGUUGUGUGGCUGCUGUUUGGUGGACAGAUUUUCUGUGAGCUCAUCCUUAAAGUGGACGACCUGAUGCCGGACGAGAAGGUUCUGUGGGUGUCGCUCCUGAUCUAUCUCACCUUCAUAGUGCUGCCCGUCAGACUGUACGCGGCCGUGCUGGUCGUCGUUGUCUUUGCGGCAGGUGACGCUGCUGUCGUCAGCGUGGCGCUAACGAAGAGGGCGGACAGCAGGACGGUUCUCAUCAAUCAGGUGGCUGCCAACAGCCUGAUAUUCCUAGCAGCCGGGGUCCUGGGCGUCCAUUCCUUUCUCUUCGCCGACCACAAGCAACGACUCUCCUUCCUCGAGGCAAAGUCAUCUCUCAAGGUGAAGGUCAUUAUCGAGAAGGAAUACAAGCAACACGAAGAGUUACUUCUGUCUGUGUUGCCAAAACACGUAGCUGACGAGAUGUUGGGUGACUUGGGUUCCGUUGUGGACGGCCAGUUCAGAAAGAUCUACAUGACUCGUCACGAAAACGUCAGCAUCCUGUUUGCCGAUAUUGUCGGAUUCACUGCAAUAUCUUCAAACUGCACGGCUGCUGAACUUAUAAAAGUUCUUAAUGAGCUCUUUGCUUCAUUCGACAAACUCGCAAAUAAAUUCCAUCAAUUGAGGAUAAAGAUCCUGGGAGACUGCUACUACUGCGUGUGUGGAUCUCCCACCCCUCGCUCUGACCACGCAGUCCUCUCCAUCCACACCGGACUCGCCAUAGUAGAGACUAUCAGACAGGUUCGUGAAAACAUGAAGAAAGAAGUGAAUAUGCGCGUUGGAAUCCACACUGGUGCGGUUUUAGGAGGAGUGCUGGGGCAGAGACAGUUUCAGUAUGACGUUCUUGGAGCGGAAGUUAAUUUAGCCAAUAAGAUGGAAAGUGCUGGCAUUCCUGGUCGGGUGCACAUUUCCCAAACAACGAAGCAGUUCCUGAAGGAUGAGUUCGAGCUGGAGCCUGGCAACGGCGACCAGCGUGAAGACUACAUCCGGUUCCUGGGCAUCAACACGUACCUCGUCAAGUCAGUCCUACAGCCGUACCCUAAAGGAACGCUGGACGAAGAGCUUCUACAAGUGACGACGUCGGAAUGUUGUGACGAGGAUGGCGAUGCUGCCACGAGGGAGAUACUGCAAAAAACGUCGACGACAGAAGAACAAAAGCACGAUGUGGAGUUUUAUUCCUUGUUCAGUGAGAGCCUGAUGAAAACUAGGGACAAGAGUACUUUUUGGCAGACUGUUGAGUACAUAACUCUGCGGUUUAAAGAUCCCGUGCGAGAACGUCACUAUACAGACAGACAGGAGGGCUUCGUCGCAGCCUCAGUUGUCGCCCUUGUUAUCACCGGGGCGGUCCAGUUUACUGCGAGAAUCAGUGUCUUACCCAUCACUCUCGCCGGUAGCAUCGCUUUCAUUAUCGGUGAAUCCAUGUUAAUUGCCAUGGGAGCAGCAUAUAUUGUGCCAAUCAUUUGUUUCAAAGUGGGCUGUGACAUCUCAACAACGACGACUUCCGGGUAUCCCAUGGACCCACACGAUGAGCGCUGUCACUACUCGCCAUACUUUGUUGAAAUCGGGAGUCUUGUUUUUCUAGCAGUUUCCUGUCUAGUACAGAUCAGCCACAUGGUCAAGUUGACUAUCCUGGCUGUCAUGACAACGACUUACAUACUAGCUACUACUGUCAUCUUCCCUCUGUUUUUCGACCAAUAUGACGUCAACGUAAACAGGUCCAGGGACAGAUUACCAACAAAAUACCUUUUGUCGGCGUCAGUGGUUGCAGCAGCACUAGCACUGGCGUACUUCAACAGACAGAUUGACGCCACGUUUCGUCGUCUGUUUCUGUGGAAGGAGGAGGCUGACCUGCACAAGGUGAAGGUCACGGAACUACGUCACAAGAACCAGGCGCUCAUCUACUGUCUGCUACCGGCCCACGUGGCGCGCGAGUUCGUCGGACAUCGCAAGAAAGACGAGGAACUCUACAGCCACGCCUAUGACGAGGUAGGGGUGAUGUUCGCUGCUUGCCCCAAUUUCCACGACUUCUACAACGAAAGUAAAGUCAACAAGAAUGGCCUAGAGUGUUUCCGCUUCCUUAACGAAAUUAUAUCAGAUUACGACGAGCUGCUUUCACAACCGAAGUUCGCAUCAAUCUGUAAAAUCAAAACUAUCGGCACGACGUACAUGACAGCCAGUGGACUGACAACUGACGCAUCUUCAACGACACAGCAUCCCUGGAAACACCUGGAUGUGCUCGUGCAGUUUGCAUUCUUGUUGAGGGAGACUCUGAAUAAUAUCAAUGAGCAGUCGUUUAACAAUUUCAUCUUGAGAAUUGGUAUAAACCACGGCCCAGUAAUAGCAGGCGUAAUAGGAGCCAAGAAACCACACUAUGACAUCUGGGGCAACACUGUGAACGUCGCUAGCCGGAUGGAGUCGACUGGCCGGAUGGGGAAAAUACAGAUUACAAAAGAAACCAUGACCAUUCUUCAAGAUUUUGGUUACAUAUUCGAAAGGCGUGGGCUUGUUAAAGUGAAAGGAAAGGGUGAAAUGAUGACGUAUUUUAUUGAAGGUAAAGUGGACGAAAGUGAAAACAGUGCUAUCCCCCACCAGGUUCCAGCCAGCUGACGACUGGCCAGUCAGACCAGACAACGCCACUUCAAGUCACGCAAGUGUGGCACUAUUUCCUUCGUGGUUAGUAUAAGAUGCAUUGAUGAAACUUCUGUGUAAAAUGUCCAGGAAAACCAGCCACCAGACAUCGGUUGAUUUGUAUACGGUACGCAAUCAUAUUCUCCUCCUGCGAAACAUGAUCUCUUGCGAGCAUAAUCUGAAUGACGAAACACUUAACGAACUGAAAUCGUGUUUUUGCACAAGGCUCAAAUACAUUUAGACAAAGUUGUGACAGUUCCCAAUAAUUAUUGCCGUGUUAGUCGUCAUGUUUUGGGACUGUCACUUCCAACUGGUAAACUGUUUUGCCGUUGUAUUGCGUUCGUUUUAACCUCUAAGUACUGUUGAAUACCGACUAAGCCCAUGUUGUGUCCUUAAUUAGUAAUUGAUCCACUAUUAGAACAAUUACAAUAACUGUUAAAGGCAGGGACGGAUAUAAUAAUUCAAAAAUUGGAUAUGUAAUUAUUAUAGGAAUUUUAAUAAAACGACGGUGCAAA